CAUGGAUCGGUUCCGAAUGUUCUUCCAGCCCCUGCAAUCCAGCUCUGAGUCAGUGAUGAAUGGCAUUUGCCUCUUGCUGGCUGCGGUCACAGUCAAGAUGUACUCCUCCUUCGACUUCAACUGCCCCUGCCUAGCUCGCUACAAUGCCCUCUAUGGCCUGGGCCUGCUGCUCACCCCCCCUCUGGCCCUCUUCCUCUGUGGUCUCUUGGUCAAUAGGCAAUCUGUAGUGAUGAUGGAGGAGUGGCACCGGCCGGCAGGGCGCCGGAGGAAGGACCUGGGCACCAUCAGGUACAUGUGUUCCUCCGUGCUGCAGCGCGCUCUCGCAGCACCCCUGGUCUGGAUCCUGCUGGCCCUCCUUGAUGGCAAGUGUUUUGUGUGUGCCUUCAGCAACUCCGUGGACCCUGAGAAGUUUCUGGAUUUCGCUAACAUGACCUCCAGCCAGGUGCAGCUCUUCCUAGCCAAGGUGCCCUGCAAGGAGGAUGAGCUUGUUAAAAACAGCCCUGCACGCAAGGCUGUGUCUCGAUACCUGCGGUGCCUGUCACAGGCCAUAGGCUGGAGCACUACCUUGCUGCUGAUAGUGGUGGCCUUCCUAGUCCGCUGCCUGAGGCCCUGCUUCGACCAGACAGUCUUCCUACAGCGCAGAUACUGGAGCAACUAUGUGGACCUGGAACAGAAGCUCUUCGAUGAGACAUGCUGUGAGCACGCGAGGGACUUCGCACACCGCUGCGUGCUGCACUUCUUCGAGAGCAUGCAGAGCGAGCUGCGCUCUCUGGGGCUACGUCGGGACCCAGCCGGUGGGAUCCCAGAGUCGCAGGAGUCCCCAGAGCCCCCAGAGGACCUGGAUGGUGCAAUCGGGAAGGCCCACCUGCGUGCAAUCUCCAGCCGGCAGCAGGUGGAUCAUCUCCUAAAUACCUGGUACUCCAGUAGGCCACCGCUUGACCUCGCAGCGUCCCCCAGGCUCUGGGGUCCUGGCCUCAAUCACCGCACCCCUAUCGCUGCUCCGGGCACCAAGCUGUGCCACCAGGUCGAUGUAUAGGGAUCUUGUGAGGCUCAGUUUUCCCAUGUCAAAUGCCCAUGUUAGCACAGCCUCUUAUGCUGGCCUCCUUCCCAGAUAGCCCUGUAUCUGCCUAGUUUCUGGGAAUGUCCUGCUGUGUGGACACCAUUCCUUCUGGGCCCUGAGCAAGUUCAGAUUCUUAUUCAGUGUGUUCAGGACUGAGUCCCUUUCCUUUCCUUUUCCCUUUCUUUUCUUUCCUUCUUUCCUUCCCUCCUUUCUUCCUUUCUUUCUCUCUCUUUUCCUCCCCUUCUACUUUCUUCUUUCCUUCUUUCCUCAACCACCCCAUCUCUUUCUGAGGAAGAGUCACACUUCAGCUGUCUAGCUGAAGUUGGCCUUGAACUCCAGGACUAAUAAGAAUGGCUAGCCUCCUGCCUCAGGCUCCCUUAGUGUUGGGAUUACAGGUGUGAGUUACCACUCCCUGGUUUCCAAAAUUUUAUCUCCAACAAGCCCCCAUACUAGACUGUUUCUUCUGGUCAGUGGACCAAACUUUGAGCAGCCACAGUCAGAAUAAAUCCGUUGUGGA